AUGAACUCCAGGAUGGGACGCUCCGUGGUUCUUCUCCUCCUCCUCUCCGCUCUCACUCAGGUCCGCCUCGACUUCCCGUGUCGUUUGGAGGCCUGUGCUGGGGCGAAGGGGAGAGGAGCGGAGAAGAUGCUGGAGACUGGCUCCCUUCAAUGGGCAGUCCAGGCGCCAUGGUGCGGGGCGGACCUGCCGCUGUACGCCGGGCAGUCCACGCCGCUCAUCAGCGCCACUUACAGUUCCCCGAACUCUUGCUCCUGGAAGUUCUCGUGUCCAGUGGACAUGACGCUGCAAUGCUCCCAGAUCCAACUCCCGUGGAACCUGUUCUGCUACUGGAUCGGCUUCACCUAUAACGGGAGGACAAUCUGUGCGACAAGCACUGCCUUUCAAAGCCCGGUGAACGUGGGAAAAACUCUUUCGGCCCGAUAUUACACAUCUGGUUCCGGUACAUCGGGGUUCAAAUGCACUGUCACCUGUGGCUGCGGGGGCUCCCAGUCCGCGGGGAAGAGGUCCCAGGCGAACUCGACCGACUUGGAUCGCAUCGUGGGGGGGAGCGUGGUGCCCAAUCAGGGGAAGUAUCCAUGGAUGGCGUGGUUCAACCAGGAUCAGAGCGCGUCCACUUUGAUGUGCGGUGGGUCGCUCAUCAACGAUCGAUACGUUCUGACGGCGGGCCAUUGCGUAUCUAAGGACCGUUUGGGGACAUACUACGUGGUCCUGGGCGAUUUGGAUCGAUCGUCGUCGUCCGAGAGCGUGUCGUUAAGGAUUCCAGCUUCGGCGAUCAUUCCUAACCAAUACGUGGAGAAAUACUCCGGGCAAGUUUUGACUGAGAUCGACAACGACAUCGCCCUUCUGAGGCUGCAGACACCAGUGGACUUCCAGGCUUACCCGCACAUCCGGCCGAUCUGCAUCGCCUGGUUUAUGGUGCCCAGCCCGGGGGAGACGGUGACCGUCGCUGGGUGGGGGGCGACGUCCUGGUGGGGUGCACUGUUCGGGAGCAGCUCGCGAUAUUUGAUGGAGGCGACUCUCACCGUCGCGAGCAAUACCCUGUGCCAAAAGGGUUAUGGAUCCCUUUUCACCAAAAACUUCAUCUGCGCACAGAGUGCUGGAGAUGAUAUCUGCAAAGGGGAUUCCGGAGGACCGUUGAUGUACCGAAAUCCGUUUGGAUCGUUUUACGUGAACGUCGGCAUCAACUCCAUGGCCAAGACCUGCGACAUCCAGUACGGCGCCGCCUUCACGACGACGGCAUAUUACGUGAACGACUUCAUCGGGGAGAACACGAACGACGCCCAGUGGUGCUCUCCGUAUGGCUGAUGGUCGUGGAUGCUUCGACCAACUCUUUGGCUUUUUCGUCUCUCUUCACUUAUUUCCUCGCGUGUUUUUUUUUAUUAUCAAAUUUGAAGUGACGACCGUGUUCUGUUUUCCUCGGUGAUGGUCUCAUCACGUCGUUUGCGCACGAAGUGUUUCAGUGAGGUCACGAGUAGAACUAUUUCACAUUUUCAGCAUUGUUAUACUGUUUGCAGAAUUUCGAGCGAAAGUUUACGUCCUCUUCGCUGUUUUAUGGCACUUUCACGAUUGCAAUUCCUGAGAUAAAUCCGUUUUUCCGAGCGUUUAUCUUCCAC